AUGGGCACUGGACGAGACAUCAAGGACACCAUAGAGUUACGAGAAUCAGAAAUGCCCAUGCUGAAGUUCAUGACCUCACACGCUGUCAAGAUCAAGCAGGAUUUCAGAGACAAUUUUAAGGAGCACAUACAUCUUCAAGGUUAUGAUAAAGAGACGCAUCGCAAGCGGACAGCAGCAGCAGCAAUGUUUUCAAAGAAGUUCUGUACGGCACUCUGCAAGGACAUCUUGGCCCUGGAGUCCAAAGAACCAGGAAUCUCUAUCAACAAGUUCUCAAGAGCUUUCCCGGCAGCAGCAGAUGACGAGGCAGAAGAUGAAGCACCAUUAGCUCAGUUACCAGCACCAGCAGGACCUAAGUCCUUAGACGACCUCAUGGAAGAAUUCAAGGACAUCGACACCAAGAGCAUCAAGAUCACGCUCGACACCUUCACGCCCACGGAAGCACAAUGGAUCAAGGCAGCGAUUCUUUCCAUCACCGAUUACACUAUGAGUUUCGGCUUUGACGAGACUGAGUUUAGCAAUCCUGAUGACUACAAAGAUCGCAUCAGAUUUCUAGGCAACAAGGACGGCCACUACCACAUGAGCGUAGUCAAGGAUUGGAGAAGCGCACCUGAAGACGACAUAGACACCACGACGACGAUCUACAUCAUCACUCUCCUCGGCAAGAUCGAGAUCAACGGCCGAGUCUUGUCACGGACGAAGCCCAACAUGGAACUUCGGGAGCUACCCAAGAAGUUGACUCAUGCCAACGAGAAAGAUCGUGCCGGACUACUGCGUCUACUUCAUGAACGCUUCUGGCACAAUUCUCCAUUGGGCGUGAUGAAGUUGCUGCAGGCCAUGCUCUUACCUCAGGCUAUCGUUCUACAGGGCAUGGAGAUUUGCAAGGCUUGUGAAGUUUGUCAGCAAUGGGCUAAACGACACAUACGACCUCAGAUUAAAUCGUUUCUGGCUACAGUGUUCAACGAGAUGGUACAGCACGAUUUGUUCUUCCUCUGGGAUGAAACGUUCAUGAUUCUCAUUGAUGAAGCCACUAAGUGGAAGACUGGAGACCACCUCAUCAACAAGACGGGCCCAGUCUUGGUGAAGGCGCUCAACUACCUUUGGAUACGCAUUUGGGGCGCGAUGCAGAACCUUCUCACUGAUCAAGAAGGAGGUCUCAUGGGACACGAAGCCACCAAGCUAUGUGAUCGACUCGAGAUCAACAGACUGGCUAUCGGCAAAGGAGGCGCUACCACCAAAGGACUUUGUUGCGCAGGCCACAACUGUACUCUCAACUAUGGCGGCAGCACUCCACAGUUGGCCUUGACUGGACAAUUACCGAGGAUGAUUGCGAUCGACAGCGAGACCAUCACAUCCAUGACGGGCGCCCUUGAGAAGCGUCCUGACUACAUGGAGUCUAUGUCACGCGCACGACUACUGGCUCGACAGGCUAUCGUACAGUCAGUUAUUCAAGAUCGAUUAGCUCAGGCAUCCAAGAUAACUCAGCACCAGCACGAGCCGGAGCUACUCGCACCGGGAACGAUAUGUGACAUUUGGCGAGAACCAGCACGGAAAGACGAAUGCGGAUGGCGAGGACCAGCGGAAGUUAUCAGCCUGGAGCGACGCGCAGGAUCGGCAAUAGUCAAGCACCAGGGCCAGCCGCUUAUCAUUCCUCUACGACAUCUUCGGCGACACGUUCUUACCGAGCACUACAUCACGGAGCUCAACAAGAAAAAUGACAUGAGCAGCUUCUACAUACACUACGACCUGGUCAACCCUACGAUGGUCAAGGCAGCGGCUACCUUUCUGGCGCCAUAUCAGAUAUAUGCCGAUGGAGUCUUGGUUCCUUCGGAGACGCUGUACGACCUGAUGGAUUUAGUUGAUGGAUCUACGCCCACUAAAAUAUAUUGGUUUGGCUUGGUAUGGCAGCAAGAGCAGUAUCGAUAUGUUCCCAGUGAAGAAGCUUGCGAUUCAUGCAAGCCUUUGGCCCUGGGCAUCAAGAUAUUCAGCGAUACGUUCAAGCCCUACGUCGACUUCCUCAGAUUGAAUAUGCACAGUGGGCUCUACUGCUACGCUGGCGACGAGAGGACCGAGCGGACUACAGUAUUCGUGUACGACCAAUCUACCAACUACAGCACAAUGAUGCUCUACAGCUAUGACCAUUGCGAGGAUCUGGACAAGCAUUUCGAUCCACCAGAGCUGGACUGGAGUGGCAUCAGCAUGAUUGACUGGCCUGUCACCACCACGACCACCGACGACUUCUACGGGGAGAUAUCAACCAGGAGCCUCUUCAUCGUCAACGGACUUACCAGCGGCUACGCCGGGUACGUCCUCGACACAGGCAACGAGGUGAUCGUCUUAGUCAUGACAGUUCAUGUGGACGACUUACAGAUUACUGGCAGCAGAUUCUAUCGCGAUUGGAUACACAAGAAGUUGGAACUAUUCAACGUUGUCUCUCUACAGACCAAGCUACAGAGCCCGACCAUCAAGGACCUCCUGGCGAUCAACGCAGUGAUCAAGAGACUCAAGAAAAAUCCCGAGAAGUUUGGCAUCUACUACAGGAAGCUCAAGGACCUCACGGACGCGCGCAAGAUGGCCGCCAGCUUGCCGUCUUGGGAGGCCCCGACGUUCAGGGGCUCAGCCGACGCGGCGGCCGCAAAGGCCGCAGGGCACGCCCGGCCACAGACGCUGGAGGCGAGGGGGCGCCUUUGGCGCGGCCCCUUCGGGCUCGAGCUCGCAGUGCUCGCCCUCGCUCGCCGCUCGUGCCGUGGUGUCCCCCCUCCCGCCCCGCCCCGGCGGCUUCGAGACGGGGGCCUCCGUGGGCUCGCCAGGUUCCGCGGGCGGGGCCCCGCCUCGAAGGGCGUCGGCGGCUGGACCGGGGAGGCGCCGGCCCGUCGUGAAGUGCGCCUUGCCGCGCAGGCGGCCGCCGACAAGGUCCGAAGGUUGCGCGAGGAGGAGGAGCGCGAGAGGGUCCUGCAGCAGGCCCGGCGGGAGGCGAAGGAGAAGGACGCGCUGAUGGAUUCGAUGCGCCGGGAUCAGGAGGCCGCCAUGGAGGCCAUUCGGCAGUCGCAGGCCGCCGCGGCGCCCACCGAGGAGCUGGAGCGCCUGCGCCGGGAGAACCGCCUGCUCAGCGAGCGGCUGCAUGCCGCCGACGAGCUGAACCAGACCAGGGCCGUCAGCCGCGGGCCCGUCCCCGCCGCCGCUUCCAGCGAGGCCGGCGUCGACGAGCUCCGCGAGGAGGUGCGAAGGCUGAGGGAGAGCAAGUUGUCCAUCGAGGAG